UGCCAUUUUUUUGUUUUCUUUUUCUUCCUUUUGAUGCUGUUGUUUACUAUGAUUUCGAGUCCAUCUACGAUAGGAGUUGGAGGAAUUUCAGCUUGUGGAAAUCUGAAAACGGAGCUUUUAAGCUGUUCCCAAAAUUUGACAGACACUGAAAAGGCUCGUGCAGUUCAGAUAGCUAAUGCUUUCAAAAGUACUGAAAAUCCAGUUUUCAUGGUGGUCAUGCGACCCUCAUCUGUUAGUAAUGGUUAUCAAAUGUUUGUACCAUCAGACUUUGCUAGGAAAUUUUUGGCAAUGCAAAGGUGUAAUUUGACCUUAUGCAAUUCUUCUGGGAAAACUUGGCCUGCCAAGUACUAUGGCAAUUCGGAUAAAUAUCGUGCAGCAAACAUCUAUGGUGGUUGGCGGGCAUUUGUCAAAGAUAAUCACCUUCGUGUUGGUGACAUAUGUGUCUUUGAGCUAAUUAAGCAUCCUGAAAGUGAAAUCUUAAUGAAAGUUGACAUCUACGCAGCUGUUGAAAACAAUCAAGGACUGCAAGCCACCGGCUCAUGGGAGCAUAGCCAGUCAAGUUAAAACCUGGAGCUUGGUCAGUGAUACUGAACCUAAUUGUCAACAAAAUCAAUUUGAAGACCUGACAGACUCGGACAUUGAAAUCUGGGAUGAGUUUCCCGUGAACCAGAAAACAAAGAAGAAAUUGGCACCUCAGGCGGAAGGGGACUAUAAG